GAGCAGCCGCGCGCCGGGAGCCGCGGGCCGGGCCAGCCGGGCCGCCGGGGCCCAGUGCGCCGCGCUCAUUGGCAGUAGCGCCGUCGGCACGGUCGGCGCUGCUUCCGAGGUCGGACUCGGGUGAAGAGGAAUCCGAGGGAGCGAGGGCGGCGCGCGGGCGGCCGCCGUGGGAGAGGCAGGAUGAGCAUCGAGAUCCCCGCGGGGCUGACGGAGCUGCUGCAGGGCUUCACGGUGGAGGUGCUGAGGCACCAACCCGCGGACUUGCUGGAGUUCGCGCUGCAGCACUUCACGCGCCUGCAGCAGGAGAACGAGCGCACGGGCGCCGCGCGCUACGGCCGCGAGCAUGGCAGGACCUGGGGAGACGCGGGCGCCGCUGCCGCCGCCGGGGGCGGCACCCCCAGCAAGGGUGUCAACUUCGCGGAGGAGCCCAUGCGCUCGGACUCCGAGGAUGGCGAGGAGGAGGAGGAGGACGCGGCUGCCGACACCGGGGCUUUCAACGCUCCAGUAAUAAACCGGUUUACAAGGCGUGCCUCAGUAUGCGCAGAAGCUUAUAAUCCUGACGAAGAAGAAGAUGAUGCGGAGUCAAGGAUUAUACAUCCCAAAACUGAUGAUCAAAGAAAUAGAUUGCAAGAGGCUUGCAAAGACAUCUUGCUGUUUAAGAACCUGGAUCCGGAACAGAUGUCUCAAGUAUUAGAUGCCAUGUUUGAGAAAUUGGUCAAAGAAGGAGAGCAUGUGAUUGACCAAGGUGAUGAUGGGGACAACUUUUACGUAAUUGAUAGAGGAACAUUUGAUAUUUAUGUAAAAUGUGAUGGUGUUGGAAGAUGUGUUGGUAACUACGAUAAUCGUGGGAGUUUUGGUGAACUGGCCUUAAUGUACAAUACGCCCAGAGCAGCUACAAUCACGGCUACCUCUCCUGGUGCUCUGUGGGGUUUGGACAGGGUAACCUUCAGGAGAAUAAUUGUCAAAAACAAUGCCAAAAAGAGAAAAAUGUAUGAAAGCUUUAUCGAGUCACUGCCAUUCCUUAAAUCCUUGGAGGUUUCUGAACGCCUGAAAGUGGUAGAUGUGAUAGGCACCAAAGUUUACAAUGACGGAGAACAAAUCAUUGCUCAGGGAGAUUUGGCUGAUUCUUUUUUCAUUGUAGAAUCUGGAGAAGUGAAAAUUACUAUGAAAAGAAAGGGAAAAUCAGAAGUAGAGGAGAACGGUGCUGUAGAAAUCGCUCGAUGCUCUCGAGGACAGUACUUUGGAGAGCUUGCCCUGGUAACAAACAAACCAAGAGCAGCUUCUGCACAUGCCAUUGGGACUGUGAAAUGCUUAGCCAUGGAUGUGCAAGCAUUUGAAAGGCUUUUGGGACCUUGCAUGGAAAUUAUGAAAAGGAACAUCACAACCUAUGAAGAGCAGUUAGUUGCCCUGUUUGGAACAAACAUGGAUAUUGUUGAACCCACUGCAUGAAGCAAAAGUGUGAAGCAAGAAGACCUAUAGUGAAAAAUUAACACAGUAGUGGUUAGUCCACUGAGGAUGUAUUUGUGUAGAUGCCAAGCAUUUUCUGUGACUUCAGGUUUUUUCCUUUUUUUACAUUUACAAUGUAUCUGUAAACAGUAGUGAUUUAAUAACCAAUAGGCUUUAACAUCACUUUCUAAUAAGUAGUUCAUAAAAAAUCAACAUAUUGAUAAAAAUGACUUUCUAUGCCACAAAAUUUGACUGAAAGUUUUAUUCCAGUUAUUGUAAUAUAUUGAAAGCAUUCAUGUUAAAGAAAAUUAAAAGACAUUCUUAUAGGCAAUAUGUGUUUGAUUUACUCAAGUUGAUACCCUAAUUGUGACUGUGCCCCAUGUCGAAGGGCUUGGCAAUGGUUCAUGCUACCCAGCAUGGCAUCACGUUCAUUUUAUAAUUCAUUGUGUAUAGCAGCGUUUCAGUCAUUCUUGUUUUGAAGUGUUUCUGGCUUGGUAAGUUAUGUGUUGGCCUUGGUCUAUUGGUGAAAUGGUAUGAAACAUAUGCAAUUUUAAAAGUUUUUAUAUUUUUGCAAUAAAGUACAUGUUGAAUUCUUUGGCAUAAUGUCAGUAACAUACUCCAGUAGUUUUAAGGACUGGCAAUUUAGUCAUCAUGAUAAUAGGAAGAAAAAGAUGAAAGAUCAUUAAUGCACUUUUCCCUUAUCCAGCUUAUAUCUCUGCUUCUUUUCUUCAUUCUGUAUCUCCCAUAUUCUCUAGCUUUAGAAGCUCAAUUUGGACAAUGUCACAGAGUCUUCACUGCUAAAACUUGUUAAAUGACUUUUUUUUUCAUCUUCUGAAAGGUCUUACACAUAACAUAUUUGGGACUCUUUUGUCUCGAUGCCCAUAGAUAUUUCUGUGAUCUUCACCAGGCACUGUCUGGCAUACACUGGUUUUCUGUUCUCCGGCUGCCAACUGCAGUGUCUCUCAUUGGCAGCCCAUGAGGUUUGGUUUACCUUCUUAUCUCAUGAAAAAUCUUAUCUACAAUAGUAGAAAUAAUUUUUAUAAGCUAUGUAAAUUGAUUU